AUGAAUUUUCUUGCCUUCGAACCACAAUCAACAUCAACACCAAAAAAACUCGACACGAGUUAUCGUAUGUUGCCCAACUCAUGUUCAACUCCUCGCUCAUCCCAUGUUCGAUAUUCUCUAUCAAAAUGUGCACCACUACCAAUCAAUUGUUCGACACCCAACACAAAAAAACACCAAAAAUCUUUCACACCAGAUAUUCAUCGUUUGAUCUAUCCAACAACAAGUUCGAACCAAAUCUGGAUUUUAUAA